UAUGCAGUGUUUCUGAAUGGGAAGUUUUGCAAGGACCCCAACCUCGCCAAAGCUGAGGACUUUUUCUUUUCAGUUAAAACGCCUGGAAACACAAACAAUCCACUUGGUUCAAAUGUCACAGCUGUGACAGUAGACCAAAUUCGAGGACUUAACACUCUUGGCAUCUCAGCUGCCCGCCUUGACUUUGCACCUUAUGGCGAAGUCCCACCUCACACUCACCCUCGUGCCACUGAGAUUCUUGUUGUCCUGGAGGGCACUCUUUUUGUUGGGUUCGUCACUUCCGAUCCCAACCAUACACUUAUAAGCAAAGUUCUUAACCCAAGUGAUGUGUUCAUCUUCCCCAUUGGUCUCAUUCACUUCCAAGUCAAUAUCGGAAAAACAAAUGCUCUUGCUUUUUCUGGUUUGAGCAGUCAGAACCUCGGUGUGAUUACCAUUGCCAGUGCUGUGUUUGGAUCAAAUCCUCCGAUUAAUCCAGAUUUUCUUGCCAAGGCCUUCCAGUUGGAUGUGAAAGUGGUGAAAGAUCUUGAGGCAAAAUUUAAGACGGAUAAUUAG